GCAAAGUUUUUUCGAAUAAAGUUUUGGUUUUUUUUUUCUUCUUUUAACGUUCCUUUCUUUGUCUUCUGCUCGCGAAUUCGUCCAUCUGCUUAUCUCGAUGAGCUCCAGUUCGAUUCCAGCGGAUUGUUCUCCGGAUGAGGAGGAAAGAAGGGAAUUGAGAGUUGAGAUUCAGUGUAUGGAGAAUAAGCAACCAACACCUGCUUCUUGCUCUUCUGCAUCUGAAGGCAGUGGCAACUUCUUCCUUAAAUCACCUGAAAUCACAACCCCUGCUACAGCAUCUCCUACUCAUCGGAGGACUAGUGGCCCUAUGAGGCGAGCAAAAGGUGGUUGGACUCCAGGGGAGGAUGAGACACUGCGACAAGCAGUUGAAAAGUAUAAGGGGAAGAGGUGGAAGAAAAUAGCGGAAUUUUUCCCAGAUAGAACGGAAGUCCAAUGCUUGCACCGGUGGCAGAAAGUUCUUAAUCCAGAGCUUGUUAAAGGACCUUGGACUCAAGAGGAGGAUGAUAAAAUUGCUGAACUUGUAAAAAAGUAUGGACCUGCCAAAUGGUCUGUUAUAGCAAGGUCUUUACCAGGUCGUAUCGGGAAGCAAUGCAGAGAAAGGUGGCACAACCAUUUAAAUCCUGGUAUUAGAAAAGAUGCUUGGACCCCAGAAGAAGAAACAGCUCUCAUGAAUGCUCAUCGAAUUCACGGAAACAAAUGGGCUGAAAUUGCUAAAGUCUUACCUGGAAGGACGGAUAACGCGAUUAAGAAUCACUGGAAUAGUUCAUUGAAGAAAAAGUUAGAGUUCUAUUUAGCUACCGGAAACUUGCCACCACCAGCAACCAAAUUCGGCGUUCCCAAUGAUUUUGCUGAUGGAAACAGAGAUUCCAAACAGUUUAGCAGUGCAAUUAAGCCGUUAAUGGAUCCUGAUUCGGUUUCCGAAACUUCUUCAGAUGAAAAUGAAGAUGGAAGAGACCAUGUAAACUACUUUUCUUCAGCUCUGCUUGAAGAAGUAGCUUCUUCACGAAGAAUCAGUGUUAAUGGAUAUACGUGUUCUCCAGUUUCUGAUGAGUACAAGCCUCAGUUGCCUAAUCCGGGACCAAUUUCAGAGAGAGUCGGAAUCAACUCAAAAGCUGAUGUCGAAAGAUCGAUCCAAAGGAAACAAGAAAAUGGGUUUGGAACUCCAAAGCAUGGUAAUCUGUACUAUAAGUCUCCACUAGACUUCUACCUUCCAUCAGAAGCAGAUCUGCAGCGUAUCUACGGAUAUGACUGUGGUUGCAGUCCCGGUGCUGCAUCACCGGUUACUUUGAUGACUCCACCGUGUAAUAAGGACAGUGGUUUAUCUGCAACAAGAAGUCCUGAGUCUUUCUUGAGAGAAGCUGCUAGGACUUUUCCAAACACGCCUUCUAUCUUUAGGAAAAGGCGAAAGGUUGUUGUUUUGGCGAAGAAAACAGAUGAUGAUGAUGACGAUGUUGUUAAUGGUGUAACUAAAGAAGAUGAUCAAAAAGAAAAGAGCAAAGAUAGUUCAGAGAUCUCUCCAGUUCGGAGAGAAGGUUUGUUGCUAGAGACAGAUGAUGGUUGUGGAGACGAUGAGAAACUCGGAUCAAAUGGAAAUACUUUCAAUGUGUCUCCGCCAUAUCGGUUAAGUUCUAACAGAACAGCUGUGAUCAAAUCAAGACAGCUUGAGUUUGCAUCUGCAGAAGAGAAGCAGCCGCAGAGUUAACAUAUAAGAAACACAUAUAUUGAUAUACUCAGGCCCCUCAAUUUUUUGAGAAAAACUUAGAAACCUUAUUUUUUUGCAAGAUUUACACAUACAUAUUUGUCUUUAGUUUUUUAAUUUGUUUUUAGCAGGCUCGAUAUUAUUGUUUAGUGUCUGU